AUGCUCAAAUUUGUGGCAUUCCUAUCGAUUUUCGCUGCGCUGGGCUCGUCAAUCGAGCUAACCUUCGAACUUCCAGAUAAUGCGAAUCAGUGUUUCUACGAGGAUCUGAAAAAGGAUGUCGACACCGUUUUCGAGUUCCAGGUUGUAACUGGAGGACAUUAUGAUGUAGAUUUGAUUAUCGAAGAUCCAAAUGGAAAAGUUCUAUACAAAGAUACUAAAAAGCAAUAUGAUAGCAUCAACUUCAAAGCAGAAGUUGAAGGAACGUACAAAGCUUGCUUCUCAAAUGAGUUCUCCACAUUCUCCCACAAGAUCGUGUACAUGGAUUGGCAGUUUGGAGACCAAAAUGCGUUACACGCCGCUGUUACUCAAGGAGCUCAUGCUAUGACCCAAUUAGAGAAUUACGCCGUCGCUAUCGGAGAUAAAUUGAGAACGAUUGAUGAUUAUCAAACUCAUCAUCGUCUUCGAGAAGCCACUGGCCGUAAACGUGCAGAGGAGUUGAACGAGCGUGUUAUGAUCUGGUCCCUGGGACAAUCAGCUGUUGUAGUCUUCAUUGGAAUCGGCCAAGUUUUCCUGCUCAAAUCAUUCUUCAAUGACAAAAGAACUCGUUACUGA